ACCUUCCCCUCCCCACCCUUCCUUCACUCACGAAUAAUACCUCGUCGCGGUCUCUUCUGUCCCUUCCAGGUCGUACGAUCUGCGGUUCGCACAUACGCCAUACGCCUUCCCCACAAUCACCUCUUCUACCGCCGUCUCGCCCUCUCACAGCGCAAUGGACGGCGGGCGGCGUUCGCCGGCGGGGCGGGGCGAGCUGGGGCGGCUGGAGGACGAUCUGCUGUUCGGCGUGCUGCGGCGCCUCGACCGCCGCGCCGACAAGCUGGCGGCGGCGCUGGUGUGCAAGCGGUGGCUCGCGGUGAUCCGCGGGGCGUACAUGCGCUGCACCAUGCUGCACGUGGGCGCGCUCAAAGCCAUCCUCGCCUGCUGUCCGUUGAUCCAGGAUCUCAACUGCUCCAAAUGCAUCCGAGUCCGCGACGAGCACGUGGUGGCCAUUGCGGAGAGGUUCGGGCCGAACCUGCUGCGGCUGAACCUGGCGAGCAACAAGCGCAUCGGGCUGGCGGCGCUGCAGGCCAUCGGCGCGCAUUGCUCGCAGCUGCAGGCGCUCUGGCUCACCAACGGAACCUUCGACGAUGCUGCCCUCAUGCCCAUCGCGUCCUGCCACCGACUCAAGGUGUUGGGGCUGGCGAACUGCCGGGUGGUGACAGACAUGGGGCUGUGCUGCGUGGCGGCGGGGUGCAAGGAGAUGGAGGAGGUGUCGCUCAAGUGGUGCGUGGGCGUCAGCGACCGCGGCGUCGACAUGCUGCUCACUAACUGCCACGCCAUCCACACGCUCGACCUCUCAUACACCAAGGUGACGGAGGCGGCAAUGCGCGUGGUGCAGCGCCACCCGAGCCUCGCGCGUCUGACGCUCGCCAGCUGCCAGUUCCUCGACGACCCAGCCAUCGCCGCGCUCCGCCAUGGCUGCACCGCGCUGCAGAGUCUGGACGUGUCGGGGUGCGAGCAGGUGACAGACGUGGGCCUCAUGGCGCUCACUGCCAGCGCCAUCCCCCUCUCCUCCCUCACCGCCGCCUUCUGCUCCCAGGUGAGCGACAACCUGUUGGCGUUGCUGCCUCGCUUCGCGGCGCUGCGAUGCCUGAAGCUGGACCUGGCGCCCAUCACGGACGCGGGCCUCACCGACCUCGUGGGGGCCUCGUCCCCUCACACUGCCCAUGGUGCUGCAGCCGUGGCAGAUGGGGCGCAUACCAGCGUGGCAGCAGCAGCAGCAGCAUCGGCAGAUCCCAAUUCAGCGGCCGUUGACAGACGAGUGGAGGGGGCGGGGCGAAGGGCAGCAGAGGGAGCGAGUCUCACGGCAGACGGCCCUGGUGGGGCAGCCGUCAGGGCCGCGCCGCAUGGCCUGCCAGGUGCAGCACAGGCGGCGGUGCCGCAAGUGCGGUGGGCAGCGGCGGGGUGCUGGCAGCUGGAGGAGGUGUCGUUGCGGCGCUGCGAGGCCGUGGGCGACGAGGGGCUGACAGCGCUGGCGGCUGCGAGCCCCGCACUGCAGUCCUUGGACAUCACGUGCUGCUCCGCUGUCACCGACGCCACGCUGCUCGCCCUCUCCGCCCACUGCAGCCGGCUGUCCUGUGUGCGCAUGGAGGCGUGCCGUGGCGUGUCGGACAAGGGGCUGGUGGCGCUCUUCUCGCACUGCACUGGGCUCACCACACUGGACCUCACCGACUGCGGCAUCUCCGACAGCACCCUGCAGGGCCUGCAGCACUGCCCGUCGCUGCAGUCCUUGAAGCUUGGCUUCGACAUGGACGUCACUGACGCCGGCCUGCGCUCAGUGGCCGCCUCCUGCUCCUCCCUCACUGAGCUCGACCUCUACCGCUGUGAGGGCGUGUCGUGCACCGGCAUAGCAGCGGUGGCGCGCAGCUGCCCGCAGCUGCUCACGCUGAACCUGUCCUACUGCCAGCGCAUCCGCGACGCCGCGCUCAUUGCCAUUGGGCGCCACUGCCCGUGCCUGCGCAACCUGGAGGUGCGCGACGCGCCCCACGUCACCAGCAGGGGGCUCAUGGCCAUUGCCGGCCAGCUGGACGUCUCUCAGGCGCCUCAGCUUGCGUGUGGCGCUGAGGGGAGCGGGCAGGUGGAGGGUGGGGAGGGUGAGGGGCGGGUGGCGGGGUGUCGGGAGCUGCUGGAGGUGGAUGUGAAGCAGUGCAGCGGCGUGGACGACCACGGCUUCAUCGCCCUUGCUAAGGGCUGCAUCGACCUCAGACAAGCGAAUUUGUCGUACACGCGCAUAUCGGACGCAGGGCUGGCGGCGCUGGCGGGCAUGGCGUGCAUGACCAAGUUCAACCUCGUGCACUGCACGCACCUCUCCAUGCGCGGGCUGGAGGCGGCGCUCAACACGUGCGUGGGGCUGAAGAAGGUGAAGCUGCUGCAGUCGUGGCGCCCCCUCAUCUCCGCGCACCUCGUGGCCGACCUGGAGGAGAGCGGCUGCCGCUUCCGCUGGAUGGACAAGCCGCCGCUCGACGCGCUGCGCUCCCAACCAUAGCCGCAUGCAACACCCCCUGAGCUAUCAGUAACAUCUUUGUGAACCUAUAAUUUUUGACCAUGUGUAGUCUAGACGGGUAUUCGGUGCAUAAUACCGCAUGGCUCAUGAAGAGGUCAUGACCCUAACCCCGGGUCUGUCCAUAAUGCAAC